GCCUCUCCAAAACCAUUCUCUAUUUCGCUAUGGCUCAGUCUAUCAAGUUUGCUCCUCUCAUUGCGCUGCUCCUUUGCAUUGCUGCCACUGCUGAAGUGCUUGACGUUCCAGGCGAGUUUUUCUUUGUCGAUGGAGCAGCCCGCCUACCGUCUGAAUGCAGGCCCGAGUCGCUGUGCUGCCCAAACAGCAAAUUCUGUCCCAAGGGCAAAUACUGCACCAUUUGCAUGCCCAGCAAUCCGCCUUUGUGCGUUUGCACAGAGGCUCCUCCGAACUGCGGAGUAGGCAGUAGCUGCUGCAGUGACGGGGACUGCCCAAAGGGAAAAGCUUGCAGCGUAUGCACUAAAUCGAUCCCACCUAUUUGUCGCUGUGGCCCUGAGCCUAAGAUCGUUCUUGUUUCCGAGUGAAACCGGCUACAGCCCAAAUAUAGAUCAUGUGGCGGUCAACCCUGUUGACUGUGUAAUAAGAGAUCUUUCAUAAUGAUAAUGUGGCUAUUUUUAACGUUCU